AUGCAGCCAAUUGAAGUUGCGCGCUCCCUGAGUGCACAAUGGCCAUGUCGGGAGGUUCAGGCGCGGCAACUAGCUAAUCUCCUCCAUCCCUCUAUCCCUAGCCCGCCAACACUAGUUGUCCAUGGAAUUUCUGCGACCUGCAAAUCGACCAUCAUCCGCAGCGUUCUCUCAACCCUUGAGAUUCCGCACGCAGUUGUCCGGAGCACGGAGUGCAUUACAGGGCGCCAUCUCUUGACAAAGAUUCUCUGGAAUACACUGGAGGCAGUGGGUCAGAAAGACGAGUGGGAGAAGUUUGGCAAGGGACGAUGCGAGCACGUCAGCUCACUUGCGGUUCUUCUGGAAGAAUGUCUUGCCUCAAGAGCCGCAGAAAAACAAGGGAAAUUCGUGCUGGUACUGGACGAGAUCGACCGACAAAGGGAGGCGCCGCAUACGCUGUUGUCGGCGCUGGCCCGACUUGGAGAAAUCAUCCCAUCGCUCUGCGUCGUUCUCGUGCUCGGAUCGACUCCUCGGCCUCUGUUCCUGCAGGAUGCGGCGGUACCUCAUAUCAGCUUCCCAUCUUAUACGCGCAAAGAAUCCAUUGAAAUCCUGCUGGCUUCUCCGACGCCUGUGGUAGAGGGUUUGCCGGAGGAAGUCACCUCACGGAUAUACCCUCACUUCGUUGCGACUAUUUAUGAUACACUCGUUGGGCCGACAGCAGGCUCGAUUCCAAAUUUCCUAUCAAUUUGCGAGAAACUUUGGCCUCUGUUUGUGGUUCCAGUGGUGCAAGGCGAAGCUCCGCCCGGCGGGAACACUGAAUGGGACUUUUCGCAUCUGCUGUUGAAAAACAGAGCUCUAUUCCGGCACGAGGGAGAAUCCGCACUAGUGCACCGGAUCGUACCCGAGGAAUCAUCUGGUCUGCUCAAGACUUCCAGAGCCCCAUUGGCAACGAAAACACCUCCCUCCGCUCUCCCGUCACUGCCAUACUUCUCUACAUUGAUCUUGACAUCAGCGUAUCUGGCAUCCCAUACUCCACAGCGUCUUGAUACAAUUUUCUUCUCCAAAUUCUCCUCCUCCUCGCUCUCAGCACGCAACAAGCGUGCCCAUCAUCGUCGCCGCUUAAAGGUCCUCUCCCAAGCCCAAGCCGAAGAUAGAGCAGCCGCCAGCGAGAACGCCUCGACACCAAACAAAAAGGGCAAACGAACCAAAACUCGAAUUACAAAAUCAACACUCUCUUCUGCAUUUGCCACAUCGUCCGCAACAACCUCCGCCACCGGAGGCGGUGGUAUCACAGGCCCCUCGACAAUCCUCACAGCACGCCCAUUCCCUCUAGAACGCCUUUUAGCUAUCUACCACGCUAUCGAUCCCAAUCCACCCGCAAAUCCCAUUCGCACCAGCGCCGUAGCAGACUCGAUCUACACCGAGCUGGCCACACUACGGCGUCUACGUCUCGUCGUCCCAGCCUCCGGCCACGUCGGAGUAACCAGCAUGGGAAGUGGCAACACCAGUGCUGAUGCGGGAGAGAAGUGGUGUGUGAAUGUUUCUGGGGACUGGAUUGGUGAGCUGGCUAAGGGGAUUGGUGUGGAGGUUGGAGAGUGGUUGGCUGGUGGUUUGGAUUGA